GAUGAUCUGGCACAUUUGGAAGGUGAAGGUUUGUGUGUAUCCAAAGACGGAUACAGGAUAUAUGAUUCAGAUGAACAUGUACAACACAGACACAAUGUCAGACACACACAGUUUGUGUUCCAGUGACACCCAUCCAAGAUAUCUUCCUACCCCGGGAAAUAGUUGCAUUUGUGUUUUCAGAUAAAGAUCUCGAACAUGUUUAAGUGUGUAACCGGCUGUGGGUGUUCACUCUGGUGGUCAGAUCCCUUCAGGGGAAGUUACAGUAGGACAGGGAGUUCUGAGAAGGAGCCUACUCUCUGUGUGUGUGUGUGUGUGUGUGAGUAAUGAUUAAUUCCCAGAGGAAUGCCCCAUGGUCAUGUUCUCUUCCAUUUCACGUGCUGUCUGGCUGCAGAAGAUCAGAACUCCUAGAGGGGCUAUGAGGUAAACCAUCAUGAUCCCCAUCACCGAGCUCCGGUACUUUGCCGAUACUCAGCCGGCGUACCGCAUCCUGAAGCCAUGGUGGGACGUCUUCACCGACUACAUCUCCGUCGUCAUGCUCAUGAUCGCCGUGUUCGGGGGCACACUGCAGGUCACCCAGGACAAGAUGAUCUGCCUGCCCUGCAAGUGGGUGGUCGGUCAAUCCUGCAAUGACGCCAACGCCACCAUCCCCAUCUCCUCGGAGCCCAAGGGCAUUCAGUACGACCUCGACCGGCACCAGUACAACUAUGUUGAUGCGGUCUGCUACGAGAACAAGCUGCACUGGUUCGCCAAGUACUUUCCUUACCUGGUCCUCCUCCACACCUUAAUUUUCCUGGCCUGCAGUAACUUCUGGUUCAAGUUCCCCAGGACGAGUUCCAAGCUGGAGCAUUUCGUUUCCAUCCUGCUGAAGUGCUUCGACUCUCCCUGGACCACGAGGGCCCUGUCGGAGACGGUGGUGGAGGAGAGCGACCCCAAGCCGCUGGGGAAAAUGAACGGCUCCAGGGACAAGAAGGCGUCCUCCUUGUGCGAGGACGUGGAGGCGAGCGUGCCCAUGCUCCAGAGGACCAAGUCCCGCAUUGAGCAGGGCAUUGUCGAUCGCUCCGAGACCGGCGUCCUGGACAAGAAGGAAGGAGAGCAGGCCAAAGCUCUCUUUGAGAAGGUCAAGAAGUUCAGGAUCCAUGUGGAGGAAGGGGACAUAGUCUACAGACUCUACAUCCGCCAGACUAUCAUCAAAGUCAUCAAAUUCAUACUGAUCAUCUGCUACACGGCCUACUAUGUGCGCUACAUCAAAUUUAGCGUCCCCUGUCAGGUAGACAUUGAGAGGCUGACAGGAUACCGUAUGUACCACUGUGCACACCCACUAGCUACCCUCUUCAAGAUCCUGGCCUGCUUCUACAUCAGCUUGGUAGGGGUGUAUGGCCUCAUCUGCAUGUACACACUCUGCUGGAUGGUCACCCGUUCCCUAAAACGCUACUCCUUCGAGUCGAUCCGCGAGGAAAGCAGCUACAGCGACAUCCCAGACGUGAAGAAUGACUUUGCCUUCAUGCUGCACAUGAUCGACCAGUAUGACCCCCUCUACUCCAAACGCUUUGCGGUCUUCCUGUCCGAGGUGAGCGAGAACAAACUGAGGCAGCUGAACCUCAACAACGAGUGGACCCUUGAGAAGCUGAGGCAGAGGAUCACCAAGAACUCCCAGGAGAAGCUGGAGCUGCACCUCUUCAUGCUCAGCGGGAUCCCGGACACGGUCUUCGACCUGCUGGAGCUGGAGGUCCUGAAGCUGGAGCUCAUCCCGGACGUCACCAUUCCCCCCAUCAUCGCCCAGCUGGCCAGUCUGAGGGAGAUGUGGCUCUACCACACACCGGCCAAAAUCGAGGCCCCGGCUUUGGCCUUCCUCCGGGAGAACCUCAAGUCCCUCCACAUCAAGUUCACGGACAUCAAGGAGAUCCCUCUGUGGAUUUACAGCCUGAAGACCCUCAGUGAGCUGCACCUGACGGGGAACCUGAGCGCAGACAACAACCGCUUCAUUGUCAUCGACGGCCUACGGGAGCUCAAGAGGCUCAAGGUCCUCCGGCUGAAGAGCAACCUCACCAAGCUCCCCCAGGUGGUGACCGACGUGGGCGUCCACCUCCAGAAGCUGUCCAUCAACAACGAGGGCACCAAGCUGAUGGUCCUCAACAGCCUGAAGAAGAUGGUGAACCUGACGGAGCUGGAGCUGAUGCGCUGCGACCUCGAACGUAUCCCCCACUCCAUCUUCAGCCUGCACAACCUGCAGGAGAUCGACCUGAAGGACAACAACCUGAAGACCAUCGAGGAGAUCAUCAGCUUCCAGCACCUCCACCGGCUGGUCUGCCUUAAGCUCUGGUACAACCAGAUUGCCUAUAUCCCCAUCCAGAUUGGCACGCUGACCAACCUGGAGAGGCUGUACCUGAACAGGAAUAAGAUCGAGAAGAUCCCGAGCCAGCUGUUCUACUGCCGUAAACUGCGCUUCCUGGACCUCAGCCACAACAACCUGACCAGCAUCCAUGCCGAUGUGGGCUUUCUACAGAACCUGCAGUAUUUUGCUGUGACCGCCAACCGGAUUGAAUCCCUUCCUCCGGAGCUGUUCCAGUGCAAGAAGCUCCGCACCCUGAACCUGGGGAGCAACUGCCUGCAGACCCUGCCGUCCCGCUUCGGGGAGCUGACGGGCCUGACCCAGCUGGAGCUCCGGGGGAACCGUCUGGAGUGCCUCCCCGUUGAGCUGGGCGAGUGCCGGCUGCUGAAGAAGAGCAGCCUGGUGGUGGAGGAGGACCUGUUCAACACCCUGCCCAUGGAGGUCAAGGAGCAGCUGUGGAGGGCCGACAAGGAGCAGGUCUGAGCAGGAGGAGAGGCUGGAGGAAGAGGGGGACCAGUGAGGAAGAGAUGAGAGUCUUGAUAAAUGGGAGUGGAGGAGAAGGGAGGACAAGGGUCAGCAGUGGAGGUCAGACAAUAAAGGAGUAGAGAGAAAGUGAGGGACAGACAUGAAGACAGAGGGAGGUAAUUUGGGUUCGGGGUCUGCUGUCCUGGCUGAAGAUUAAAGGUUACAGGUUCAUAGUUUCUGACUGAUCUCCACUUGCCAACUAUGUGCCACUCUCACUUCAUAUGGUGUUUUUUUCAUUUAAAUUAAUAACCGGAGGAGCAAACCAAAAGAGAGCUGUUUGAAAAACCUUUGAGGAUCAAGGUACUUUGCAGUACUGAAUAUCAGUACAGAACAAAGAGAGACAACAGAAGAAGCAACGUGCAAAGACCUGCAUGUGAAUCUACACAGCACCCCUGGGUGGCUAAAACAUAUACAAUCACUGGAGACAGACAUUUAGAAAUAGAUUGUCCAAUUGUUCAGCUACAACCCAAGUAAUUCCAUCAAGCCAACAUUUGAGAUUGCGAGAGUGGUGUUUAGAUUUCCUCAGUAUCCGUUUAAAAGUAAACAGGAUGUUAAACCAGCACUCUGCUAAGAUGUGUAGGAGGGAGGGUAGUUACAGGAUCUUAGGGAGUAGUAGAACUCUACCAAUGUCUACAAAUAAACAUAACAAUCACACUCCUUUCACAGACUCUGGAGGACUUUGCGUUGGCCAAGAUACAGUCGAGGUUGGAUGCAAUACCCUGCUCGAGUAUUAAGUAGCAAGAUUCAAAGACUUUAAACGUAACGACUGGUUGAAUGGCUUUGUCAAGAAGAGAUUUACCAAAAGGGAUUUCCUGAAAAGCAACCUGUUUUACUUCUAUGGCCUUACAUCUGGGUGUAUAAACUUGUCUAAGAUGAUCACAGACAUCCUGUCAACUCCUGACCCUCUUCAUAUGUCUAAACCUGUACGGCUUGUAUAAUGUAGGGUCGUUCAUUUCCUUGUUAUAGUUACAGUAGCUGCAGGCUUUAUAGGGCAUUGAUCUCAACAUCUCAUCCAUUGUUUAAAAGAUAUAUCAAAUAGAUGUUUGAUAUAAAGAAUAAAACAAGAUGAGAUGACUGCAUCUUCAUAACCAGUUAGUUACAUGGUUUGUCUGUGGAAUCUCCCUCAAAACAUUGUACAUAUGUUUUAUUUAUAUACCUGAACCUCUCCCCUCUUCUACCAGUGGAAAAUCUCCUGGAACGCUCCUGUCCGUUGUUGGUGAAGGCCAGGUUAAAAUGCAAAGGGGCCAGAGGCUGGCAAUGCGUAGCCCAAACUCGCUGGUCGAGGUAUUGAUGGACAAGUGUGUUCAGAUGUUACCAGACUCCUUGUAGUCCUUUUUUGAAAAGUAAUAAGACAAAGACCAAGCAGGUCUUAACUCCCUCUGCUGCUGAUCCUACUGGUUGGUCUGUGUACUGGUGAUUAAUAAAUGUUGCUUACUCGACCUAAGCUGACAGAUUGCCAUAUGAUCUUAACUCAGGGCUGGACUGAAGAGGCCUGCUGGUUUUGAGCUAGUAGAUAGCUGGCUAGAACUGAAUGUGGGCAUUUCAUGUUGGAAACAAUUCUACUAAAGUUCUUUUUUUACCAUGAAGUAGCCCUUUGCUUUCCUUGACCUUUAACACAGUGUGAGUGUGUUUCUCUCUCCCUGAUGUAUGACUUCCUGUUGUGUCAUGAGACAGAAAACUGCUUUCUUUGCCUAAAAGUCCAUUAACCCACACAAGCACAAACCAUUCCAGCCAGUCACUAUGGAAAACAUAACAUAGUAUGCAUGUAAGAGGAGGCCAAAUGUAUUUCCUGAAAGGGUAGGGGAACGGGAAAGUGUGCGUGUGUCCCUGAGAAAAAAGCUUGCAUGUUGCUUUGCCCACCACAGAAAAAUGCUCUGUACAGCACUGUGCCAGCACUUUAAGUAUAGGCCAUUCCAUGAUCAUUACAACCCACACAUCUAAUCAACCCCUCAAACUUGCAGAGAGAAAGGCUGAAUUAGAUAACCGCUAUGAGACUAGCAUGGGUGGAGCACCCCCUGGUGGAGACAGUGUAACAGACAUAUCGUUGUCAGAUGAAAGGAAAAAACGAAUCAAGUUGUGUUGCCACCCCAUUGUGACCAUCCUUUAACUUCACAUGGCCAGUCCAUGUAACAGCUACUGUUUCUUUUUUAAGUUUUAUAAGUGACAGACAAUAUAUUUAUUGUCUUAUGGGCAUUGAACUAAAUGAACAGAUUUGAGUGCAGUCUUCUGUCUAACACUAACACAGUGUGGCUGUGAAGCCCCUUGAGCAUGUGUGUGUGUAUGUAGGCCUUUAGUUUGUGACAGUGAUUCUUGGUCCAUUAUUUUUGGUUCUCCAUCCUGUUGAUACGUGUUGAUUGAAAUGCUAUAUGGCUGACUCAGAUACUGCAUUGUAUGCUUUCCCACCCUCUGUCUGUUUCAUGUCACCGAUGUGACAAGAAGAUAUGUGAGCUGUUUUUGAGUCAAUGGACAAAUCAUAUGUAUUUUCAUCACUGAUGCCUAUGAAUGACGUUUUUUUUCCUUUGCCAAAAUGGGUGAUAGCAGGCUGAAUGGAAGCCCGAGCCCUGUAACAAAGAGCCUAUCAAAGCCCAAUGGGCAUUUUAGUGCUACUACUUUUUGUACUAUUCUAAAAUAAACAAUGUCAAUAAAAUAAAACACAUUAACACCA